AUGUCGCGCCAGCUCGUCGUCCGUGCCGCCGACGGGCUGUGGCAUCCGAUCUCCAUUCCCAUUCCCUGUACCCAGCUGCUGCUCUUCAGCCCCUCUCUGGCAGUGUUGAGCGGCACGGCCUUCCCCCACGGCCUCCCCGGUGGCGUCACCCGGGUCUUCCCCCUCUCUGUCGCUGAUCAUCAGGAGGCCGAGGCCUGGCAGGCAGCUUGCCACCAGAACCUGGAGCAGCAGCUCGGCCGCACAGUGGAUGGCUACGUCGGCCUCCGCCUCGAGCGGCCCUUGGGCAAGGCCCCGCUGGUGGUCCGGGAGCUUCCCGAGACCGUAGGCAGCAAAGUCUGGCGGGGUGCUUGGCUUCUCUGGAAGUCCCUGGUCGAGCUCCACGGUUUCAGCGGCGUGUCUCGUGUACUCGAGCUGGGCGCCGGCGUGGGCCUGGUGGGCUUGCUGCUUGCAGCCGACCAUGCGCUGGAGGUGGUGGUCUCUGAGACGCGGACGGCAUACGACGGAGCCGCCUUGACCUGGGACAAUCUGGUUUACAAUGUUCGGAUAAAUGCUGAGCCAAUCGCUGCUGGCGGUGGGCACGUGGAGGCCCUGGAAGUGGACUGGACGCACGGCUUGCAGGACCCUGCGCCAAGGUUUGACAUUGUGAUCGGGAGCGACAUACUCUACGAGCCUCACCUGUUUGAAGACCUGCUCGACGUCAUGCAACAAGCAGCUCCGCAGGCUGUGUUGGUGCAGAACGUGGCAAGAAAGGGCACCGAGUACUUCAAAGAUUUGUGCCGCAAUAGAAAUAUAGGGCUUCGCGCCGUGGAUGUCUCAGCCAUCGAUGCGAAUGAACAGUGGAUUACUGAAGGCGUUGCUGACGCAGUCGAUGGCGUCUACGAAUGCUGGUUCUUGGACUUUAGUCAGGCGCGCGGAAGAGAAAAUGGUGCCCCAAGCUUCAGUGGGGCCAGCUAA